UCGGAUUCGCCGAGUGCGAUUAUUUACUGUCAAGGCAAAUUGCUACACGCAGUGAUGAUGCUGCACUUGUAUACAGACUCGAAAGCGUUCGUCGAUAAACCACUCAAAACGAGUGCAAAAUCGAUCAUGGCUGAAUUCACGAGACGUUUCCCGGGCAAGAUCACUUACGGUGACCGUGAGAAAGUUCGAGAGUUUGUGCAUGAAUUCUUUCACCCAAUCAGUCAGGAGAUGUCCCAUUGCGAUUUACCGGAUUGGCAAGAAAAUCCGCCAAAAUUGAGUCAUAUUCGUGAUCCUCGAUUGAAUGAAUUCGCACUUACCCUUAACAAAAUUUGGAGUAAACUUUGUCGUCAAAUGCCAAAAGAAGUCGUAAGUGGUGCCAACACGCAUUCGCUGAUCUAUGUACCGAAUCACUUCUGGCUUCUGGUACGCUUAUCUGAAUCGUUUGCUUUUCGUCAAUCGUUUUCGUAUAGUGGGCUACAUGAAACCACCAAAGCAAUGCUAGAGAAUUUUCAACAUAUGAUCGAGAAGUUUGGUUUUAUACCGAACGGCGGUCGUUUAUAUUAUCUACGCAGAUCACAGCCACCAUUCUUCAUUCCAAUGGUGAAUGAAUAUUACGCGGAAACGAAAGACGAAGAUACAGUCGCGGAAUUGUUUGCGGCAAUGGAAACUGAAUUCGGUUACUGGACGAAGAGGCGCCGAGUAAAAGUGACGAUCAAUAAAAAGGAUUAUAAUAUGUUCCAAUACAGAGCUGAAAGCAAUGUUCCUCGAAACCGUGAUUCUGCAUUUUUGGUGCAUUCAUCUCUUGGAAAGAACGUUUGUUCGACGAUGUCAGAAAUAGGAUAUUUUGCGAAAUUGCCAUCAGUGCAGAAGUUUCUCGGGUCGAGAAGUAACCCUACUCUGGUUGACAGUCCGUUUAUACAUUUCGAGAAUCAAUUCGGUCAUCUCCUUGGAUAUAUAGUUGAUAAUUAUAUACGAUGUGCAUGUACCGUGUUCGAUUGUCCACCUAAGUCUGAUUCUAAACCUCAUCCAAAUCUGAGACCCGAAUCGUAUCGUGAAGAUUAUUUAAUAGCAGAAAAAUUGCGAAAUGACAGUAAGCAUAAAUUAUGGAGAAAUAUAGCGAGUGCUGCGGAAUCGGGUGAAUGUGAAAAAGCGAAGAAGUACAAGCAGAUGUACAGAAAGUUUAUGAAAGACUUUUGGGAAGUAUUUUAUGACAAAAAGGAAGGUGCGUGGUACGAUUACAACAUUCGUGGAGGAUACCUGAACGAUGCGGCAUACCCUACGAUGAUAGUGCCGUUAUUCACCCAAUGCUACGAUGAGAAGAAUAAUAGUCGUAUGCUUUUGGACGUGCAUGAAACAUUACGAAGACGUGGUUUAUUGAAUUUUGUGGCUGGUGUUCCGACAAGUCUCAAGAAAGGUACCGAUCAACAAUGGGAUUAUCCGAAUGGAUGGGCACCGCUCAAUCAUAUGGUCAUCGAGGGACUUCGUAAGUCCGGAGAACCAGAAUUACAAAAAACAGCGUUGGAAUUGGCCACGAAAUGGGUAUCAAAAAAUUAUGCGGUUUACAAGAAGCAAGGGACGAUGUGGGAGAAAUACGACGUCACAAUGAAUCGACCAGCACGGGGCGGUGAAUACGAAAAUCAAGAGGGUUUUGGCUGGACAAAUGGUGUUAUAUUGGAUUUAUUGACGACGUAUGCCAAUGUAAUGAAAUUGAACGAAUCAGCGCUGUUGGACAAUAACAACGGAACGGAGGAAAGUGAUUAUGAAGCUGAAUGGGAUGAUUUCCUUAAAAGAUAUAAUCUUACGCGUAGCACUUCAAAAGCAUCCUCGUCCAUUUGCAUUUACAUCUUCACUACAUUAUUCCUCCACACUGUCGUCUAUUCCCAUUAUCAAUUAUCGUGA